ACCCCACUCCGGCGCUGACAAACGGCGCGCCGUUUCUCCAUUCUCUGUUCACUCGUGAACAGAUAAAAGGGGAGCUUGUCCCGCCGUUAUUUCGGAAAAUCUCACCUCGGACUGAGUUGUAAUUCCUUCCACUUUCCGGUUGUGUCCGCUACAAAAUGCGGUUCGGGACCUUCCGGACUGCUUACAGGGUGGCGACUCGACACUUUGGGUCGAAUGUCGCUUACCGCCAGUACUACCAGGCUCCUCGCACUGUGACUGCGAUGAUGCCUUACCUUUUGACAAGAACAAACCCCGUGACUCUGAGACUGGAGGACCAAGCUGCGGACGGGUCGUCGAAUGUCAAGCAACUUUUCUCCACCAGCAUGAGCGGCUCUGCCCUCCUAUCCCCCGUCAGCGAAUUGUCUUCUCUCGUGUCAAGUUCGCAUGCGGCCCUUCCUCUGGCCCUCGUCGGCGGCUUCUGCGAGGAAACGAUCUUAACAAAUACAGCAUUGGAUGCACCUGCUUUGAGUUUGGUAACUUGGGGAACGACGACUCGCGUCUUUAAUAUUCACUUCUCAACCGUGAACUGGGAACAUGCAUGCAGUGAGCAUGGGGGAGACACCAGGCUCUCGAGCUUGCCCAAGGUGGAAUAUCUUUGCCGGUUGAUUUCUUGGCAUUGACAACACCAGUGGCAUAUGGCUUUAGCCUAUGUGCGUCUACUCUACCAACUUCAAAGCUUGAGAUGGUAACAAGCAUAGCCAGCAAUCACCGAACAAUGAGAGAGCAUGUGCGCCGUGCAUAGCGCUUCUCAGCCUUCGGUGUCCUCUCCAUCUUUCCUUGUCUCGUUUUUCUCCGUUCUCGCUCUCGGUUCCGCCCAGAGUGCCACGGGAAACGCCGCCGUCUAGAGAUUCCUCGCUGCUCGGUGUUGCGUUUGCGUCUCGCUCUUUCCCCGCGUCUCUCCCGACCUGAAAAGACCGCGAAGGAGAGAGAGGCCCCGCGAGCGGGGAGAGUGAAUUCAGUCUGUCUUUUUUUGUCUUCCGUCAAAGGCACGGGCCUCCCUUUUUCGAGCGAAACGGUGGUCCACACGUUUGCCAGUUAACCGCUGCUGUCUCCGCCGAAAAUCUGAGAUCUUUGUG